AUGGCAACACAGAAACCAAAGUUGCUGUUAUUGGGCGAAAUCGAGCAUGCCUUCGAGCCAUACGCCGCCCUUUCCGAGUACGCUGAGCUUGUCACUCCAAAGUCGACGAACCGAGAGGAAUUCAUUGAGGAAUGCAAAUCCGGUGGGCUUGAUGGCGUCGUUGUCGCCUUUAGAACAUUCACCAGUGUCUCCAUAACCGGGAGAAUAGAUGCUGAACUUGUUCAGGCGCUGCCUCAAAGCCUGAAAUUCAUUUGUCAUAAUGGCGCUGGGUAUGAUCAGCUAGAUAUCCAACCGCUCACAGAUCGCAAGAUCCGUGUUUCAAAUGUCCCCACCGCCGUCGACGAUAGUACUGCCGACGUCAAUAUGUUUCUCAUCCUCGGUGCGCUCCGAAACUUCAACAUAGGAAUGACAGCCCUGCGAGCGCGAGAGUGGCGAGGGGCUGCGACUUUGGGCAAUGAUCCACAAGACAAGGUCCUCGGGAUCAUUGGGAUGGGGGGUAUUGGGCAGACAUUGAAGAGGCGUGCUGAGGCCUUUGACAUGAAGAUUCAGUACUACAAUCGUAAACAAUUAGACCCUGACCAAGAGCAAGGUGCCAAAUAUGUUUCGUUUGAUGAGUUGCUGGCUACUUCGGAUGUCAUCAGUAUGAAUCUUCCUUUGAAUGCACACACCCGUCACAUAAUAUCGACGGCCGAAUUUGCGAAGAUGAAGGACGGAGUAGUCAUUGUCAAUACUGCUCGUGGAGCCGUCAUAGAUGAAGCCGCCUUGGUUACAGCACUUAAUAGCGGAAAGGUUCGCAGUGUCGGAUUGGAUGUCUUUGAGGAGGAGCCAACUAUCCACCCAGGACUUCUUGAUAACCCAAGUGUCAUGCUCAUUCCACACAUGGGAACCUUCACUGUUGAGACUCAAACCAAAAUGGAGGUCUGGAACAUCGAGAACGCCAAGAUGGCCCUUACUCAGGGUCAACUGAAGUCGCCAGUUCCAGAACAGGCUAACGUCACUGAUUGGGAUUGA